GCGAGAACCAACAACAAACUCAGCUCACAUAAGGCACCGAGCCGGAAUCGAACCAAUCAAUCAAUCAAUCAAUCAUUUUUUAUUUCUUAAUAAAUGUUCAUUUUACAGUUGGACUAGCUCGCGGAUAGCUAUGGUAGUCUAGGCGGGCCAGUCUAUGUGGUGGGAGGCGAGCGCUCUCACCGCUGCGUCAUCCCUGCUCCCCUAAUUUUGACUCCAGUGGAGGUUAGCUUCUAGUGAAUAGUACUUCAAAACAGUUGAUAGAAUAUAUCGAAAACGUGGGGUAAAUUAUGGUGCCUCGCAUGUUGAUUCUGUCUGAUCUACCCCGGCAAACCAAAUAAUUUGACCUCAGCUGUACAACUGAUCUCUGUAUCAAAUUUGAGAGAAGUUGUUGACAUGUUUGGAAAUCCUAGCUGAUUCAAAACACAUCAACAGUCAUGAUCUAUUUGUAGAUACAGCAUUCACCUCGAACUGUUAUUUUUAAGGACAGGUGAUACAUGUAAUUUAAUGAGCCCUGAAUGUGUCAGUGUGAAGGUCGUAGUUUCAAGGACGGAACACCUUCAAAAAGGCAAAAUAUUUGAAAAAACUGAAUGCAAAAUGAAGAAUUUUUUCACAUAAAACGUACUGCACAUUUAGCUUCACAAUUUCUGUUUCCCUUCUCCCUUUUAUUCUCAUUUUGUUUACCCAUGGAGACGGUUUUCUUAUCUCGCUAACCCUUAGAACAAAAAGUCUGCAUCUGCCAGUAAAACCUUGAUUAUAUCCGAAAGCAAAAUACGAAAUACAACUUCAACACAGACGACCUUUUCAUGACUUCUUUACUGCACGGAACACAGUAAAACAACUUUUUUGUCUACUUAAAACUACCAAGGCCGUAACCAGUAUGAGGCAAACCGACGCACUUGCCUCAGUCAUUUUUUUCCGUGAUCCCAGAGUUGUGUUUAAAUGCACUCAACAUAAACAACUUAAAUACCUAAUUUAUUCAUAAUUUAUUCUGGCUAAGGCCCUGACAGCAAACGAAUGGACAAGGUUUUGAAACACUACGACAGUGGGAAAAUUGUAAGUACAUCGAGUAUGUAUCACAAUUUUAAGUUGCCAAGGAGUGUUGGCGCAGAUCUAUUGCAAAGAAAAACGAUAUUAAACACAACAGUGUUCUAAGAUGACGACUUAAAGAAGUUUUUCUCAGCUGCCUAGCACUGUACAUUAGGAUGCAUGGAAGUUGUAAACGGCUGAGUAAUGGCUGAGCCUAUCUGGGCGUGUUAAAAGUCCACCUGUUUACUUCAAAAGUUUAGCCUAAAUUUUUCAAGUUCGCUGUUUGUAAUCCGUGUCAAUCUUCUCCAUCCUAAACCAUCCUUGUUCCUUUGUGGUUUAUUAUUAUCUCUUUGUUGCUUUUCCAUCUUUCCUUCAACUUAAAUUAACUUUGUACGUGGCCAAAAUAACAGAAAAUGUGACUAAGCUUCUUUAACCGAAGGAAAGUAGUAAUAGUUAUCAUAGGCAGUUCGCGUUAAAUAAUGGCUUCUACGAUGAAAGUAAACUUCUGCAACACAAUGAAUUAAAACGUGAAUCAAAUUUGAGGUACUUCUUUUCUUGACAAAGCGACGAAAGAAGAACACGAACAGUUACGUGGCCUUACUCCAUCGUUUUUGUCAAAGCUUUCUCUUUUCAUCAUCAAUCUGCCACGCAUUUAUUUUCUCGUUUACAAUAAAGAGUUACCUUGUAUCCAACAGGAUAAACCACAACAGGUUUGAAAGAAAAGGUUAAGGCGGGUGUUUUUUUUUUUUUUUUAAUCCAAGAGGCAUUGUCAACGAGAACGUUUUGCGCACAAUUUCAUCCUCGUUUUACUCGAAAGACCCCUGACGCAAGGCGAACAAUGGUUUAUUAUGUUGAAACAAUAGCAACACAGAGAUACCUAAUUAUCAUACACCCAUGAACACGGAUACAUGUAGUAAAGCGAAUAGAGUUAAUUAAAAGGGUUGAAACAACCAAGAUAUCAAAUCCUACAGUCCCCGUAGGAGUCAAGGAAGUUUUCAUCACAGUUAAACCGCAAAUGUGGUAGUUGUUCUUCGAUAUUUUUGUCACGUGUGGAUCAUAGACGUAUUUCAUUGUUUUCUUUAAUAAACCCCGCGGUCAUUUCAAGCUUAGAAUUUCUUCUUUAUAUAGAGGAUUUGAUUUCUCUUGCGCCCCAGCCAAAACCGCAGUUAAGUCGAAUUGAUAUCAUCAAUAAAUAAUAACACUUCGGCGACAUCCUUGAGUGUCAGAAUGAAGAAAAAAGUCACUAAUUCUGCACAUGGAGCGUAUGUUUCUGAAAAAAACAUAAUUGAUGCUCUGGAAUUUUUGCUUGUUAAAUUCAAACGACAAGAAGUUGCUAGAACAAAAAAAUUGUUUUAACCUUGUAACUCUGAUCCGUCGUCACUUUAAUAAAACGCCACAAAAACCAAAUUCGCUUUCUCCUUCGACAAAACAAUGUUGAGAUUUAACACCUGUUGAUAUCACAGGCCGACCCUAACACAUCGACAACAAAUAAAUUCCACUUUAGAUUUAACCACGUUCGAGAGAAGACUUCCUGUCAAUAAUAAUCUUAGUCCGUGCAUUGGUCCCAGAGAAAUUCAACUGGCCACAGAAUUCAUCCCAGAUUGUUUAGACUCGAAAUCACCGCUAUGCGCCGGAUCUGCUAGAAGUGCACUUUGCCCCAGCUUGAGCAUUCCUGCAUGGUAGUGCCUUGUUUUUUAUGACAGCUUGCCUGGAAGUGACUGAACAAUCACAACACAAUUGGACAGAUCUAAAACUGAUUAUCUGUGACGUCACUCGUCGGCAACACAGUUUCUGGUAAAGCGGUGUUGUGUAGUUCAGGUGAUUACACCCUCCAAGAUCGAACUCGUCUUAGAGCUCGAUCGUAGCAGUAUUUCGCUUGUAAAGACUUGCAAAGACGCAAUCAACAUGCCUCGAUCGUUCCUAGUGAAGAAGAAGCCAGAGAAGUCUACCAAAGGCGCGCAGCGUGAAACAAAAGCGAAAGGUCGCCAGUUUGACCUCGAAAGCAAAACUAUGCCAGAUUCUUCCGUUCUAUCAAAAUCUGUUCACGAAACCACAAGAUUGCAGCCAUGGAUUGGGUUUGGGACGACACAUUUUUAUCCCGCUGAAGUUACAUCCUACACUUUGCAAGGUCACGUCCACACAACUGCAACGCAAGCAACUUCGAAAUGCGAGGAGAAGCCCGCAGAUUUCACUGGUAAAGAGGCACUAGAAGACGACAAGGAAUCGGUGAUUUCUCCCACGAAGGGGCGCGCGAUAAAGAAACAUAAAUGCCACGAGUGCGAGAGGAGUUUCGUCACCGAGUCUGCUUUACGAAAACACCAACACCCACGUAAAGAAUUCGCGUGCAAGUACUGCGAGAAAACGUAUGUGUCCUUAGGAGCGCUGAAAAUGCACAUACGUACGCACACCUUGCCGUGUAAAUGCACGAUCUGUGGAAAAGCGUUCAGUCGUCCGUGGUUAUUACAGGGUCACAUUCGCACGCACACGGGAGAAAAGCCUUAUAAAUGCCCCAACUGCCAGCGUGCCUUCGCCGACCGCUCAAACUUGCGAGCGCACUUGCAAACACACUCAGCGGUGAAAAAAUACUGUUGUAAUCAAUGCUCACGUUCUUUUUCGCGAAUGUCGCUUUUACUCAAGCACCAGUAUUCAUGUGGAGAAGAGCUGAACUUAACUUCGUGAACUCUCUUUUUUAUCAGUGUUAUUUAAACAAUUCUGUCGUUGACAUUUUAACUUCGUGCGUUAUCACCGCCCGUUUGACUGUGCAAGUUAUUUUAUUUAUAGGAAGAUAAUGGUGUUUUUCUUUCGCCUUCUAGACGAGUUGAGUUAUGUGUUGACAUAGACUGCAAUGGACCACCAAUUGGUUCACAAACUGUUUUUAUGGUUAAAGUGAGGAAUUAAUGAAAGGAAAUCGAGGAUCAUUUACAUUCUAAUGGUGUUUUGAUGUGUAU